UCUCUGAACCAUCCGUCUCAAUCCAACGGCUCAGAUUUAAUCUCUCUCUCCACUCUGGUCUUCGUCCUCAACGCAAUUAUCGCUCCUCUCUCUCUCUCUCUCUCGCGCGCGGAGAGAAAAAGAAAAGAAAGAACACAGAAAGAAGGGAAAGAAAAAUUAUCGAACCCCCAAAUUCUCCAGCUCCUUCGGUUUCUUCUCCCUCUAUUUCGAAUCCUGCUCUCUCAGAUUCUUCAGAUCUAAGCGUUCCUCCUCGUUUCUGUAAUGGCGGUCGCCUCUUCCCCUCGUGAGAAGUAUGUUUACAUGGCCAAGCUCGCCGAGCAGGCCGAGCGCUACGAGGAGAUGGUUGAGUUUAUGGAGAAGGUCUCGGCCGCCAUAGAAAACGAGGAGCUUACCGUCGAGGAGCGGAAUCUUCUCUCUGUUGCUUACAAGAAUGUUAUUGGAGCUCGUAGAGCUUCCUGGAGGAUCAUUUCUUCCAUCGAGCAGAAGGAGGAGAGCCGAGGGAACGAUGAUCAUGUUUCCGUGAUCAGAGAAUACAGAUCUAAGAUCGAGAGCGAGCUCUCUAACAUCUGUGAUGGGAUCCUCAAGCUUCUUGACUCCCGCCUUAUUUCCUCUGCUGCUUCUGGAGAUUCCAAGGUGUUUUAUCUCAAAAUGAAGGGUGAUUAUCAUAGAUACCUGGCUGAAUUCAAGACCGGAGCAGAACGGAAGGAGGCUGCUGAAAGUACCCUCACUGCUUAUAAAUCUGCUCAGGAUAUCGCAAAUUCUGAACUUGCUCCUACUCACCCCAUACGACUUGGGCUGGCUUUGAACUUUUCAGUGUUCUAUUACGAGAUUCUGAAUUCCCCUGAUCGAGCUUGCAGCCUUGCCAAACAGGCUUUUGAUGAAGCAAUUGCUGAGUUGGAUACACUGGGCGAGGAAUCAUACAAGGACAGCACUUUGAUCAUGCAACUUCUUCGUGACAACCUCACCCUAUGGACUUCAGACAUGCAGGAUGAUGGAGAUGAGAUUAAAGAAGCAGCUCCCAAGCGCGACGACGAAUAAUAGAGAGCAUAUUGAUUUGCACGUGCAGGAUUCAACUUCUCCUUUACAUGUUUUAUUCUGGAGAAGUGCUUGUUUGGAAAUUUGGCUUUUCUAUAAUUAUCUAGGUAUUUCUUAGCCUUGUUAUCAUCACCACACUCUGGAAAAACGUCCUCGUUUGUCUUUUUUCUUUCAUCCUCCUCUUUACCCAUCAAUUCCAUAUCUCUGAAUUGGCUAUUUUUCUCAGAGUUCUAUAUAUUAUUAAGCAUCAUGUAAUUUGAUCUUAAACUUUACCCCUGUCAAGUAUUUAUAUGCACUCCAUAUGCCGUCUGAUUUGAA